GGAACUCCGAGUCUCUGACGAAUUAGCAUCUUCUCAGUAAUACCGGUCAGCCAGCGCCAUCUCCCAACAAAAUACUCCGAGUCUCUGACGAAUUAACAAUUUGUUUAACAAACGAGGUCCUCAGGAAAUCCGAGUCGUCUCAGUAGUACUAAACACGCCAGAUCUCACAAAGUUUUGUGGGUGAGUCCUCUUCUUGCUAGGCUUUACUUUUUCCAAUUCCCUCACAAAUCCAUUUGGUUCUGCUCUCUUGGAUCCUUCCUGCACAUGAUUAAUUUCUUUUACGCAAGCUGCAAAAUUUCCUACUGAGCAAUUGAUUUGUAAUAUCACUAGCAUAUGAUAUGGACGUAGUUGAACUUUCUAUAUUCUUGAGUGAUUAUUUGGUACUUACAUUCUCGUUAUUCUGAUUCUGACCCAAGUCAGUAGAGCCCAUAAAGGCCUCAAUUUUGGGCUUCUGUGCGGACAAUCUAAAUGACAUUUCUCUGAAACUCAUCAUCUUCUCAGUAAUACCGUUCAGCCAGCGCCAUCUCCCAACAAAAUACUCCGAGUCUCUGACGAAUUAACAAUUUGUUUAACAAACGAGGUCCUCAGGAAAUCCGAGUCGUCUCAGUAGUACUAAACACGCCAGAUCUCACAAAGUUUUGUGGUAAUACCGUUCAGCCAGCGCCAUCUCCCAACAAAAUACUCCGAGUCGUCUCAGUAGUACUAAACACGCCAGAUCUCACAAAGUUUGUGGGUGAGUCCUCUUCUUGCUCGGCUUUACUUUUUCCAAUUCCCUCACAAAUCCAUUUGGUUCUGCUCUCUUGGAUCCUUCCUGCACAUGAUUAAUUUCUUUUCCGCAAGCUGCAAAAUUUCCUACUGAGGAAUUGAUUUGUAAUAUCACUAGCAUAUGAUAUGGACGUAGUUGAACUUUCUAUAUUCUUGUGUGAUUAUUUGGUACUUCUGAUGUCUGAAUCAAAAAAUCCACGAUCCCAAUGCUUUAUUUGUUUAAAUUGCAAAUUGGGUAUGAUUAAUGCCACUCCCUCUCCAAACCCAUAAGCUGGAUUCGUAUUAUCAUGAACAAUUUUCCAUUUGGGUCUUCUGUGAGCCCCAAGUCCUUCCAGGCAUACCGAAGAGCCGCUGACUUUGAUUUAGAAUCAGGAAUCAGUAGACGUGCCCGAAAGCAUAAGAAUUCACCGUUUCAUCCCAUCAAAAUGCUUAAAUCUUUCGGAACCCGUAUUCAGUAUUACUAUAAGCUGCACCCACUUUUAUUUGUCAUCAUCUCCCUGUCACUUGGGAUCACAGCUCUCAUCGUUCUGUCUCUAUAUGAGAGCCACUACCGGAUGACGAGUAAUUACCGAAAACUUGAUGUGGGUUCGGAGAACUAUCCAUUUCCAAAGCUUCACAAUCUUGUAAUGGUUGCCGGGCAUUCUGUAUAUACUAGUAGCUGUGGGAAAGCUGAUGAGGAGGAUUCAUGGUUUUUGGAGUCUUAUCAGAAGAAUCCUGGCCAAGCUGCUACGUUUGUGAGACACAUACAAGAGGGAGUUGACAUUGCAGCCAAAGAUGAUGCAGCUUUGCUUUUGUUUAGUGGUGGAGAGACUCGGAAAGAUGCUGGUCCUCGUAGUGAGGCGCAGAGUUAUUGGAGUGUUGCUGAGUCGAGAGGAUGGUUUGGCAAGGAAGAAAAUGUGAGAUGGAGGGCACUCACAGAAGAGCAUGCGAGGGACAGUUUUGAGAACCUUCUAUUUAGUGUGUGUCGUUUCCGAGAGCUUACUGGCACAUAUCCUUAUAACAUAACUGUUGUAAGUUAUGAUUUCAAGGAAGAGAGAUUUGCGCAUCUGCAUCGGUCUGCAAUUGGAUUUCCAGAGUCAAGGUUCUUCUACUUGGGCACCCCAGCUUCACCGACUUCAAAAGAAGCAGCUCUGAAAGGCGAGGCAUUGGUGCGGACUCAAUUCCAAGGAGAUCCUUAUGGAUGUCAAGGUUCACUCUAUCGGAAGAAACUAAGGCGUGAUCCUUUUCACCGGGAAAUCCCUUAUCCUAAUGGGUGUCCUGAGAUUGAAGGUCUGUUCAGAUACUGCGGGGCAGCUCCUUAUCCAGGCUCCCUUCCGUGGCCUAGUAAAGCUAGUUAGAAACAUUGUCUACCUUGUUAUAUAUAACAUAAAAUGAAUCAUCCCAUACAGCCAGAAAGAGAUGCUUAAGCUGAUAACAAUGUAAUUCUUUUUAAUAAAGUUUUCCUAAUCGAUUUGUAGAAAAAAUGAAAAGAGGAUUUUUUUUGGCUGCUUGGGGUGAAAUAUAUGUCACCAUCAGGUGUUGGGCAAUGCCAAUUUGUACACCAAGUUUAUGCUCUGUUUGGUUGUAAUCAUUCCUUAAACUGAAUCAAAUCCUUUUACAAAUCUAGCGGCAGAAUAUUUUGGCAUCAA